GACACGACGCCGCGCGUUUAAAUGGAAAGUGCAAAACUUACUGUGCGAGCAACGAAAUAACCGCACGAUGGAAACGCAGGCAACGCCGCAGCAACAGCAGCAGCAACAGCAACCACAGCAACUACAGCAGCAACAGCAACAAKUACUGAGCAAGCAACAGCUGCAGUUGCUGGAUAAAAUUAAAAUUGAGUCCAGCAACGGCAACGAUCCGCAGACCAACAGCGUGCUGGAGGAUCAGCARGAGCCGCAGCAGCAGCCACCAACAGCAGUUGGUGUUCUGGCACAAGCGAACAGCCAAUCUAGUGAAUCGGAUGAGCAGCAGCAACAGCAACAGCAGCAGCAGCAACAACACCAACAACAACAGCAGCAGCCACAGCAGUAUGUCGUAGCCCCACGAUCGCAACAGAGACGUAUCCUAACUACAGCCGGAACACUCGAGUUGAACGAGACGCGGGAGAGUGAACACAGCACCAACAACAGCAACAGCGCCAGCUCGGAAACCCACAUUGAGUAUCAGCGCGGAUCGCAUCACUCACCACAUUAUAUUCAAAUGGCACCUCGGAACGUUGCCGAGAUGGCUGAACAGGUGGCCAAUGCGCCACCCGGCACGCUCUACGCCUAUCCCUCGGGCCAGAUUAUUUGCAGCAACGACGACGUGGCGCCGAUCAAAAUAGAGACAAUCGACAAGAGCGAUGUCUCCGGCGAGCAGCAACAGCAGCAGCAGCAACAACAUGCGCACCAACAGCAGCAGCAGUGCCCUACACCAAAUGGAGUGAUUUACGGCGAUGGGAUUAGUGUCAGCGAGGCUGCACUGCAGCAUCAUCACCAGCAGCAACAGCAACAGCACCAGCAGCAGCAGCAGCAACAUCAACAGCAGCAGCAUCAACAAGCUGUGGCCGCUGCCGCGGCAGCUGCUGCUGUCGGACAUUCACACGUGCGCUAUGUGACUGAGGACGGACGUUUUGCCACCGCUAGCGGUGAUGCAGACGCGCCUGGUGCGAGUCUGUACUAUGAUGCGCCCGUUGUGGAUGCCAGCGUGCAGGCGAAUGAAUCGAAAACCUAUGCGGACCUGGGCAACGCCUAUGCCUUUCCGCCAAACUCGACGUACGCCAGCAACAGCUACGCGGCUACACUGCAGCAGGGCAACACCAUUUACAGUGUGCCGGGCGCAGCGCAGUUUAUAACGAAAGCCGAUCCCAACUUAAAUCCGUUGAGGCAAACGGCAGCCGGGCCGUAUCAGACGAUAUCUUUCGUUGAUGGCACGAACGCCACAGACGGCGGUCUUUGGACAACCACCGGGGCCGAGUAUCAAAACGUAUCAUUUUCGAAUUAUCCUGCGCAGGUUAUUGAUGACUACACCACGGCCAAUAUGAGCGGUGGUCAUUGGGCGCCAGCUGGCAGCAUUAGCAACUACGACCCCACCAUGUCGGCGAGCAGUGCCACGCCCCCCACAUCGCUCGCACUGCAGGAGAUCAAGUGCGAGACCUGCCAGAUACCCUUCAUUCGCAAGGGCUCGGACUGGCCCAAUUGUCCGAAUUGCACCAGCUAUGGCCGUGCGCAGCCGGUUCGCCAUCUACCACAGCGCCAAAAGCCAAAAGCAGCAGCCGCGCCAAACAAUCGUCGCAGUGGCGUCGUCUGCGCCAACUGUCAAACCAACUCUACGACGCUUUGGCGACGCAACAAUGAAGGCAACCCCGUCUGCAAUGCCUGCGGCCUCUAUUACAAGCUGCACAAUAUGAACCGCCCGCUCUCCAUGAAGAAGGAGGGCAUACAGAAGCGCAAGCGAAAGCCAAAGAACAAUGGAGUACCUCAGCCCCAUCGAGCGCUGCCAAGUAAGUAUAUUCUGAUUGGUUAUUCUCAUCCAUCACAGUGUGGUGGUCACUGUUUUGGGCACUUGCUCACGCCCACAGCACGAUCUAACGACCUGGUGACACUACUGCCUGUGAGCAGCGGGGUCAGCCGGAUCAGCGCUGCUAAGCCCGGUCGGCUAUCGAUCAAGCGGAUUACUUUCACGCUGGCUCAUGCAGUCGAGUGCCUACCGUUCAGCUAG